AUGCCGCGCAACAAGGUUGAUCCACUACGUCGAAGACGAGUAGCACAAGCAUGUGACAGCUGCAAGAGACGCAAGGGGAAGUGUAGUGGCGGUACUCCCUGCGGUCAGUGUAAAUCCCGACAUCGAGAAGAGGCCUGUCAGUAUACAAAAACCCAGGCACCAGACGAUGCAAAGCCUCUUCUGUGCGAGGACAGAGGCAGCAGCAACCACAGCGCAAGGGAAGAUCAUCAUGCACUGUGUGAGCUUGAUGAUCUCGCACCGUCUGAAACUCUCAAUGAAGGCGACAAUACGGUUUUGAAUGCGGCGCCCGAGCCCAAAGUCUCCAGAAUGCUGCGUAACAGUAAGGGUAGAUUUAUCUAUGUCGGCGAAUCAGCCUCGUUGUCCUUUCUUCAGACUGUAAGGAGAGCUGUGAUGGUUGCAGUGGGCCCUUGUGAAUUCACUUCAGAUCCCCUGCGUCACCUGAUGAUCGAAACCACGCCAGCGGUUCGUUUUGAUAAUGUCCACGAACCUCUACUCGAUCUUGCUGAAGCUCUUUCUCUUGCAGACCAGUUCUUUCAAGUCGUAAGUGGUAUCAUGGACCUUUUUGACCCCUCAUGGUUGUUAGAUAAGCUGCCGACCUGGAUCGAAGAUUCUUCACGAAGAGAAAAGCUGGAGUCGCCCAUCAUUUAUCUUGCACUCGCGAUCGGGGCACAAGGAAGAGCUCGAGAUGAAUCAGACGAGAUCAUUGCCGAGAAGUGUUUUGGUUACGGUCGUCAAAUUGCAACGUUUACACUUUUGGACGACCCAAGUUUGUUGACGGUCCAGUCGUUCAUCUUGAUCACCUACUACAUGCUUGCGGCAUGCCGAAGCAAUGGGGCUUUCACUAAUUUAGGAGUGGCAGUCAGAGCUGCUUAUGCUCUUGGAAUUCACCGCCAUGAGACAAACGUUGCGUUUGUUCCGCAGGAGGGCAUAUCCCGAGAGCGGACCUGGAAGACUCUACGAGUUUGUGAUCUUUUUCUCAGUGCAUCGAUGGGAAGGCCACCUGCCACCUCAGACACCGAUUGCAAUAUUCCCUGGACUUCGGUAGAUCAACUCGCCAGCAGAGAGAGCCAGCAUGUGCCUUCGCAGGUCACUUCCGCCAUUCUCAGAAUAUGCAACGUCUUUGAACGCAUUUUAAUAGAAGUGUACUCUAGAAGAGCUGUCUCGCUCGAUCUGGCAAGAAGCAUCUCAAGACAACAUCGCGAAUGGACAGAAGCGUUACCUCGUAUGCUUAAGAUUGACGGUUUGGAUGAACCGGUUGCAAACCAAAGCUUUGGGUUUUCUCACCGACUUGGUCGUGGACAUGUGAAAAUCGCAUACUAUUAUUCGAUCAUCCUACUCUCUCGACCAUUUCUCACUUUCAAGGUCUGCCACAAUGCUGGAAACUUCAGCCAUAGCGAGGCGCCAUCUUCCUCUAAUACGGACUUCAAUACUUACGCAGAUGCAUGUGUUGACUCGGCGAUCAAAGGUAUAGAUGUGGCUCAUGAGACUGUUUACGGACAAGACAUGCCUCAACGUCAGCCCUUCAUAAUCAGCAGUGUCUUUAUUUCGGUGCUAUGUCUUGGACUUGCCUACCUGGAUGAUUUUGAUCGAAGAGGCUGGCCGUUAAGCAUAGGGCUCAGACGAGGAAUUGCAAUCUUAAACCAUUUUGGACGACUGAAUCCCCAAUCUGCUCGGUACUCGGAGAUCUGCCAGCUCCUGCAAGACGCCACGACAAUUUAUGUUCAUAAUAGGGACAGCAAAUUUUUGCGGUCCAGUAGCCAGCAAGUUCGAAGUGUCUUUGGUGACAUACGACAUUCUUCAGGAGGUCGAUCCCCGGAACAGGCUUCGAAUGUAGACGUCCGUUCGAAUAUGCUCCGCCAACAGGGAAUUGUCGAACCAAUUUCGCCGUCUUCUUUCAAUGAAAACACUUUCCAGGAGGAGUCGAUGAAUACCAUGUCAGAAAUAUCAACUGGACAAUUCUCUGGCGGUCACAACUAUCAUCUCCACGAUAAUUCACAAGUUACUUCUUUACCUCUCAACUUCUUUUCGGCAAAUGAUGCCCUAUUAUCCGAUGACUGGCCGACAGAGGAUGAUGUUCCGCUCUUUUCAUUGACAAGCGAAGUCACAUCAGAAAUGUACAACUGGUAA